CUUCCUGAGGCAGCUGUACGUGAUCUGAUAGUUGCUAGCAUUGCAUUGAAGUAUACACAGUCAAACUCAGUUUGUUAUGCUAGAGAUGGUCAAGUUAUUGGUAUGGGUGCUGGACAACAGUCACGUAUCCAUUGUACUAGACUAGCUGGUGAUAAAACUAAUAACUGGUGGUUACAUCAACAUCCCAAAGUACUUGGAAUGCAUUUUAAGAAAGGAGUAAAGAGAGCUGAGAAGUCUAAUGCAAUUGACAAUUAUGUAAAUGGAACAGUUGGACAGGACAUGGAGACAUCUGCAUGGGAGAGUAUGCUAGAGAAACCACCUGAACAGUUAACACAG